AUGGAAGACCAGCAACUGAUCAGCGGCUGGAAGCCUGAUCGUGACGAGAUCAUCGCUGCCCUUUCUGAUUACCUCGACUCGUUUGAACAACGCAGCGCAUCCGACCGCUUUACAAUGCCGACGGGGUUCCAAUGUACCAAGGGACACCUGCCGCCUGGCGAGGAUCGCAUUUGGAUAAAGUUCAACCUUGACGUCCCACGCAUGCGAUUGCAGGCAAAAACUCAGGCGUGGGCACACGAGUGCAUCGCCAAAGACGAAAACGCAAAUGCAAGAUUUCACGUUCCCGCUGUAUACGAUUUCUUCGACACGAGAAUCAAUAAGCUCAAAUACGGAUUGAUCGUCAUGGAGUUUGCCAAAGGCAUUUCUGUAGACGAUAUCGAAUCCACGAUCCUAAAGUCCAGCGACAUGAGCCAGGAAGAGAAGCAGAACAAGAUAUGCCUGUAUAAGGAUCGGAUCAUUGAGGCUGUCUGUCUUCUGUACUCUCUGACUCCACCCGAAGACGCAGCGCCAGGCCCUUACGGAGGCGGCAUUGCCACAAAUCUCGUCUGGGGUCGCGAGGAGCCCGAAUCGCCACGAAAAUAUGGGAGCGUGGAAGAUUUACAGGACUGGAUCAACUCGGAAAAUGAGAGGCACAAUACUAAUGACAUACAGACGGACCCGGGCUACCCGCCAAUAGACCUGGUUUCGGAAGACCUGCGGCUCUGCUAUGGCGACAUGAACCUGGAGAAUUUCAUCAUGGAGGGCGGCGAAGACCUAUCGAGCCGCCUGAUUAUCAUAGAUUUUGAGCAUGCGAACUUCCUGCCAACAUCGUUCCUCAUCUAUUCGUCUUGGCUCACAAAUGAUGCGUAUAUCAGCCGGGGAAUAAGACUAGGUGCUAAAUUGGAAGUGAACGAGGACACAGUUCAGGCACUUCACAAUAUCAGAAUACAUCGAGGCCUUUGA